UUAAUAUCUCUCACAAUAUUUCCCCCUUUCAUCUCUCUGUAAGAGAUUUACAAGAUUCUCUUUUACUUUUUAAUCUUGAUUCUGUACAAUCAAUCCUUCCUACAUUUCUUGUUGAUCCUUAAUUCUCCACUUCUUGAUUCUUUCUACUGAAUAUCUCUCAAGAAUUAAAAAUGGCGGAUGAUAAUAACACAGUAUCCAAUAUACUUCUAAGAGAAAUAAUCUACUAUUUACCAGCAAAAUCAGUCAUUCGUUUCAAAUCUGUCUCAACUUACUGGAAUUCAAUCAUCUCCGAACCAGACUUUAUUCGUUCCUACAUUACUCGGAAUCCACACCCAUCAUGGUUCGUUUUUGAACGAACACUAAAUUUAUCGUCAAAUGGCCGGUUUCCGAUCGAGUUUAUCUUCAAAAGACCCCCAAAUCUUUCAACACUUUCUAUUGAUUUCCAUGGGUUCGAUCCUUAUCCCUUUUUGGGUCACCCCGUAUUGGUAGCCUCUAGUGGUGAGUUAUUACUCGUUGGCCCAAAAAUAUCAGACAUGUCGCAAUGGGCACUAUCUGGAUACAAUUUCUUUGUAAUCAAUGCUAUAACUAAAGAGUGGGUCGCACUUCCAAAACCCGGAUUUGUUUUCGAUCAUUCAAAUCUUGGGUUAAUCACCCAAAUCGACAGAAAUAAUAUGGUUUUCAGAGAAUUUAACGUUGUGGCAUAUCUACCAAGUAUUACGGCUAAUCGGGCUAUAUUGUUGUGUUUUUCGUCGGAAACAGCGAAAUGGGAAAUGAAAUUGACUAAUUACAUGCUUGGAGAUCAUAUUUGGGGAUUGUCAGGUAGAGGAAAUUUCGAAUUUAACGGGAAAUUGAUUUGGUAUGAUUUAAAUGUUGGGUUGAUAAUAUGGGAUGAUCCAUUUAGUACUGAAAAAAUUGUUGAAUGCCGUUUAAUCAGGCUUCCAUUACAACAUGUCAGAUCCAAUGAGCAUAGAAAAGAUGAUGAACGGCUUAUAAACAAUGGUGGUGGACUUAUUCAUUAUUUACGGAUUAGUGAAGAUUCCAUUGUGAGUCUAUGGAGGUUGCAUAAUUUAGAAGAAGAAAAUUGGAACUAUCUGUAUUCUUGGGAUUUGAGCCUGGUAUAUCCCUAUUUUGGGAAAGUAAUGCCUGUUUUAUUCCAUCCUUUUAAAUAUGAAGUCGCCAUUUUUAGAAGAGGUAACACCUUGAUUUCUCUGGAGUUGAGAACAGCAAAAUUAAAGAGUAUUGCAACGAUCCUUUCACAUAUAAGCAUGCAUUUUGUUCCAGUUGUGCUCCCGAGUUGGCCCAGGUUCUUUACUCCGAUCAUGCAUGCAAGAUUCUUGAAAGAACAUGGUAAUCAAUGUUUUGGAGAAAGCAAAUAUGAUGAAGCAAUAUAUUUCUAUACACGAAGCAUUGAAUUCACAGAAAAUGUGCAAGUGUACAUGUUGAGGGGUAAAACAUAUAAUAAACUCCAUAAAAGCCAUGAAGCAAAGGAAGAUUUUUUGAAGGCCAUAGAGAUUGAUAGUUAUAUUUACCAAACAUAUCGGACUGAAGAGGUAGAAAGACUCAACAAUCAACAUUUGUCCCUUUGAAUUUGUACUAUUUGGUGUAAAUGUUAGUUGUUUGUUAUUAAAAAAUGUAGCUAGUUUCCACUUCACAUGCUUGCAUUGUUGCUUUUAUGAGUAAUAAGUUUUCUUAAUUCUACCAGAGUACUCUUGAAAUUUCAUAUCGAAGGUUACGUUUAAAACGUAUAU